AUGGGCUGCUGGGAAAUUAUUACUGCCAGCCUUACUCUGGACGCGCAAAGCCCCUACUGGAUUUCUGAGCAGAACGUCUUCAUCGUCGUAUCUUGCAAUGCUCAAGGAUCGGCUGUGGGUGAUCGUUCUCCUUGGAGUGACGGUUUCAGCACGACGCGCGGUCCAGUUUCGUGUGUCAACCAGUUCGUGAUGCCGUACUGUAGCCUGUAUGACUGCUGCAUUCAGACCAUUGGAGCGACCAAGACACUAACGAUGACAGGGGAAGGAAUAGGGUUCGCACAGUGGACAAAUUGUGGCUUCUCCACCGUUUUGUAUCCAGAGUCAUUUGGUGGAGGGGGAGAUGUUGGUGUGGGACACUACGGUUUCCAUGUGUGGUAUUCCAUCCAGAGGGGCCGGAAAUUCACAACUGCUCUGAAGCUGCAAAGGAUUCUGAGAAGUAUGAAUGCUCCAUAUCCCCAGCUGGACUUUCGUGGCAACAAUUGCACUCGGAUCGAUCAGUGUAAAAAUACGACCAAAGUCUGCUCCCCAGAUGCUCAGUGUACUUUCGACAGCAGCUCUGGCGAUUUAAAUUGCACUUGCCAAGGUGGAACUUUCGGAGACGGGCGCGUAAAGGGAACUGGUUGCACAAUCAAAGAGACUUCCAAUUUGCCCGUCAUAAUCGGUGUGAGUGUCGGUAGUGUGAUAGCGUUCAUCAUCAUCAACAGCAUCCUGUUGUGGUAUUUCUUUCGGAGGAGGCGGCUUGCGUUCGAUCCAGCAAUUUUCUCACAGCAAGAGCUGCUGAAUGAGAUCGAGAACAAAGAGGGUGCCAAAUACUGCAAACUUUUCACCUUCAGCGAGCUUCGAGAGGCAACAAAAGACUUCUCGGUCGAGCUCGGAGCUGGAGGAUUCGGCACCGUAUUCGAAGGAACCCUGCGGGACGGAACCAAGGUGGCCAUCAAGAAGGCCAAACACGGAAUGGGCGAGACACGACACGAGGCGAAACAGUUCGUCAAUGAAAUUGUCAUUCUGUCGCAAUUGAAUCAUCGGAAUCUCGUGAACUUGCUGGGAUGCUGCUUGGAGACACGGGUACCCGUCCUGGUAUACGAAUUCGUCUCUAAUGGCAAUUUGCACGAACACAUCCAAAUGACACGCCCAACGGAAGCUCAGAGGUCCUCUGAGGCAUUGGUUGACGACAAUAGCUACUUCUGUCAUCCACCCCUAAAUUGGACUUUACGCUUGAAGAUUGCAAUUGAGACAGCGGAGGCAUUGGCAUAUCUCCACUGGGGAACGUCUCCACCUGUUUACCAUCGAGAUGUCAAGUGCGCCAAUAUUCUUCUGGAUGACACGCACAACGUAAAAGUCGCUGAUUUUGGUUUGUCAAAACUCGUCCCCCUCGAGGACACAGAUGCAUAUGCGGUCCCAACUGCAAUACAAGGUACUCCUGGCUAUAUGGACCCAGGGCUUUUAGACCAGUACGAGUUAACGGACAAAUCAGAUGUAUACAGUUACGGUGUACUGCUACUCGUUAUUCUCACUGGGCAGAGACCAGUGGAUCUUAAGAGACAGCCUAAGGAUCAAAAUCUUGUCAACAGAUGCGACCGUUUGAUGACUCAGGGUCUUUUCGCAGAUAUCAUUGAUCCAGAGUUGUCAGAGGCUGUUGAGAACCCAGACACCCUGGAAGCCAUCGAUGCAGUUGCCAAGCUUGCAUUGAAGUGUGUAAGCAGGGAUGGCCAGGAUAGGCCAACUAUGAAAGAAGUGGCUUCGGAACUACACACUAUUCGAGAAAAGACAAAGACAAGGACCUCAGUUUCAAAAAUGGUUAAGAGCCUGACGAAGAAGGUUACCUUUUCAAAAGAGUACUCUAUGGUUCCACUUGAUGAUGGACAAUUGAACAAUUCCUAUUACACAUCUACCUCAAGCUCCACCCUAGGCCUGCCAUGGUCGGAAACAGAAAGUUCGCAGCUGUCUUCAAGUGGACUCAGUGAAUUUGAACUUUCGAAGCAAGAAAGGAAAUAG